AUGGAUACAGCUCAAGAUGGCGACAAAGAAGCAGACGGGAUGCUACGAGCCCUGAUCCAGCGAUUGAGCGAUCAGAUCGACACCAUGGACAAGUCGGUCAGUCAUGCGCAGCUCACCAGUGUGGCCGAGCAGCUGGAGGCAUCUCUCAUCCAGGUCCAGCGGCUACAGGAGCGACUUCGGGCAUCGCUCAGCCGAUCUCUGGAGCACGAGCAGGCGGCAAAGAGAAAAGCCGUGGCCAUGAGAGAUAUUUCCGAAGGCUUCAGAGCCCUGGGUCGUCUGGAGACGAAGGUGGACGCGGUCAGCGCCAAGAUCGGCGAGCAUCUUAACACAUGCAAAGCCCACAAGAUUGACCUCAACAGACGCAUCGCAGCUCUCCAGGAAACGUUGGCGGAGACGAGAGAUCAUGGCAAUGCCGAGACGGCAAAGAAGUCCGCGCAAGAGUCCGCGGAAGCCACAACAGCGUCGACACAACUUCAUAUUACUACGGGUCGCCCUGCGCCUCGCACAGCAUCCUCCAACUCCGCCGAUGUAAACACUCCCAACACGGUCAACGACGCGACGCGGGCGAGCAACGCACUGGUCCGCACAGGACCAGCGCCUUCUCCGGUUCACGCGGCGCGCAAGCGGAAGAGAAGAAGAAGGCAGGGCAAGAGCGAGUUAUCCGUCCCAAACGCCGCGGACCUGCUCCCUAGCGACGAUCACCGGCGAAAGAUCAGCGAGCUCGCUGCCAUGCCUCGGCUCGACUGCCAGAUAGCGAACGAGGUGCUGAGCUGCCUCCUGCCGUGCCCCGACGGGGGUCUCUGGGAUGCGAACCGGAUCCAUGACUGCGUCCGGUCGCUCUCGACGGGCGAGUCGGGGACCAAGAAGGUGACCUGGCUGGGGAGAAGAAUGCUCCUGCUCUGGGACCGGAGCCAUGACGGGUGGUUCUGUGCGGUGCACGCGCCGGCCGACCGCAGCGACCCCGUGGACCCCGACGGGAGGUGCGGCUCGUGCCUCCCUCGUACCUGGUGCGUCCAACUGAGAAGGGCGGCGCUCACGGGCCUGUUGAGGCGGUACUGCUAUGCCCGGGUGUGUGCAACAGAACACGGGAAGUGA